AUGAUUACCAAAGCACCGAUCUUAGCAUACUACAACCCAGGACUACCGCUAACACUCUCAGUGGAUGCAAGUUCAAGAGGACUUGGGGCAACCAUCUUACAACGAGGUAGACCCAUUGCAUAUGCGUCAAGAGCACUAACAGCGUCUCAAAGAAAUUACGCGCAGAUAGAGAAAGAGGCAUUAGCAGUUGUCUUCGGAUGUCAAAAGUUUCAUCAGUACAUCUAUGGUAGAUCAGUAACUGUGGAGUCCGACCAUAAACCAUUACAGUCUAUUUUUCAGAAACCGCUCUUAGCAGCACCUUUGCGUUUACAAAGACUACUUCUAGCCUUUCAGAAAUACGACUUAAAGAUUGAGUACAAACCUGGCAAACUUAUGUUUGUUGCUGAUGCUUUGAGUCAACACUAUCUUGAUGAAACUGGAGAAGAGUUGAUACCUGAAGUUGAUGUCAACAACAUCACUCUCAACAGACACUUACCGAUGUCGCCUGAUCGUUACAAGGAAUUUCAACAAGAAAUUUCUCAGGAUCAAACAUUACAACAGCUACUCGAUACAGUACUGUUAGGAUGGCCAAACAGCAAACAGAGCUUACCAUCAAACCUUCUUCCAUACUGGACAUUUCGUGAUGAAAUAUCACAUGUGGAUGGACUACUGUUCAAAGGCAGUAAACUUAUCAUUCCAAAAUCGAUGCAGCAGAAAAUGUUAGACUUGGUUCAUGAAUCUCAUCUUGGUAUCGUGAAGUGUAAGAGUAGAGCACGGGAGUCUAUGUAUUGGCCGGGCAUGGCAGCGCAAAUAGAGGAUAAAGUAUCCCAGUGUAUAACUUGUGCUGAAGUUCAGAAUUCCAAUCCAAAGGAACCAAAGACGUGUACAGAGUUACCAGAUCGUCCAUGGUCCAAGAUAGCAUCUGACAUUUUCGUAUACAAGCAGAACCAUUACCUACUCACUGUAGAUUACUACUCGAAAUGGCCAGAGAUAAUCAUCUUAAAAGACCUUUCAUCACUACAAGUCAUCAACUCGCUUAAAAGCAUGUAUUCCAAGUACGGGAUUCCUGAUGAGUUAGUAUCAGACAAUGGUCCUCAGUAUGCGAGCAAGGAGUUCAAAGAUUUUACCAAAGAGUAUGGAUUUACACACACAACAUCUAGUCCAGUGUAUCCUAAAUCUAAUGGACAGGCAGAGAGAAUGGUGCAGACAGUUAAGCGGCUUCUCAAGAAAAACACAGACCCUUACAAAGCGUUGAUGGAUUAUCGCAACACAGAAAUCCAAGGACUAGGACAGUUACCUUCACAGAUGUUUCUGGGACGUCGUCUGAAAACAAACUUACCUAUUGCAGCAGAUCUACUUCGUCCUAAGGACAACAACAUGCAGAAGAAACUACAAGCCAGACAGUUGCAGUAG